AUGGUUUUGGAUUCUUGGCUGGAUUCUGUCUAUUCUGACGAUAGCUGGAAACGGUUUCACCUUGCUUCUUGUGGGCGGCCAGCGUCGGCCUCGCACCAAAACCAACGCGCCCAUCGUUUCACUUGCAGUGGCGGAUUUCUGUGCUGGGCUCUCGUUGUUCCUUCACUUUUCUUCUGUAGACGUGGUAGCAACUGGCCUCGACCCUAUGCUUCCUUGGCGGAUUUUGUAACGUGGCUCUUUCGGUACGGCUCUAUUAUAAACCUGUGCAGCCUCGCACUAGAUCGGUACAUGGCUGUCGUAAAGCCACUGCGAUACGUCAACUUCAUGCCUGCAAGACGUAUCACCCAGCUAACUUUAAUUUCUUGGUUUAUCCAUCUUUGUCUUGCAAUUUGUUCUGUUUUCAUCUUCGAUACGUAAGAUAGUCUUAGCCGUAUGUUGCAUGUGCGCUCUUCGAGAUUUUCUUCUGCUGCAUGUUAAUUUUCUCUUUUAUUUCCAUUGUAACGGUUGUAUAAAAGCCAUGUUGGUGGCCAAGAAUAAAAGUAUUUCUUUCCUCUGGGAACUAAAUUCUAUUUUCAUGUAAAUUAAACUAGAAAAACCAAAAAUAGUGCGACAUUUUUCAACCAUGCUAGGUUGAUUCUCAAUGUCCUUUGUCUCCUGGGGGCCGUUUCUCGAAAGUCCCGGUAACUUUUCGGGCCCGGAAUCAAAUAUUGAAAUCGAAAUAUAAAGAAUGAAAGCGUGGGUCGUGACUAGCAAACUACUCCAUUUUGUUUCAUUAAGGGCCUGUUUACAUGGAGUGGGUGACCUCGGUCUGGUGGGGUUGGUUUCUUUUGUUUUCACGCUCUGGGGGACACAAAACAAAAGAAACCUACCCCACUAGACCGGAGUCCCCCACUCCAUGUAAACAGGGUCUAACUGAUAGUUUUAUCAUGUUAGAUGCAAAACUAAUAAAACCUCGAUCUUUAAUGUAAACGGCAACAGCUUACCGGGCCCGUUAAUUAUCGGGCAUUCGAGAAACGGGCCCCAGAAACUGGCCCUAAUUCAUGAAUAAUCAUGCAGGGUGAAGAGACAAAGAAAUUGAGAAUCAACCUAGGUUAAAAGAUUUUAACCUGAAUUUAAUUUUGAACUCUAACAAGUAUACUCCAAAUAAACUUAGUGAAAGUGUAGGAGACACAAUCUUAUAAUUAUGUCUGGAAAAGCGAACAACUCAAAAGUUAGCGUGCUUGUUAAUUGACAUAUUUAGUAAAUAUUAAAUUUUCAGUUUAAUUUCAUUCAUACCUUGUUUCAUUUACCCAUUUUGAAAUAUAUGUAUUCUCAGUCUUGUUAAUUUAAGAUGUUGAUGUUCGUGUAUCUGUUUCAACCCUAUUAUUGCAACUUUUUCUACUUUUCCUUCCCGUUUCGAUUAGCUACAGGCUACUUUGCGGGCAAGGAUUAAUUUUGCAUGUAUCCAAAGUGUUUUUAAUAAACUUAAACUUGAACUUGUUUUCCAAAUUUGCAAUGAAUGUUUUAUUUCAAAAACCAAUGCGCUUCUGUUAGCCUGAGUUGCAGCCGACCCACCCAUUGUCUAGACCACCGGAUAUAGGAGUGUCCCCAAUAGGUUUCUCGGGAUCCGGGAUUUCCCUUAGGGAUUAUAAAGCAAAAUCCGGGCAAGAUUCGGGAUUGAAAGUAUGCCCGUAAGGUAGGAUGCCAAAAAUAAAAAUGGGAUUACGGGAUUUUAAGGGAUUGAAGAACCCUAUUAGGGAUCCUGAUAUAAUAUACAGGCGGUUAAGAGUGUCUACGACUCAAGCUAGCUUCUGGUUGGCACAAUAAUGUCAAAAGGUGACGUCAGCGGGAAUAUCACUUUUCACUCCAAGUGUUGUGAUGUGUGCAGUUCUAACCAAAGAAAUUGUAAAUUAUUGGCAUAAUUGUGAUGAAUUCCUGUUCGUCAUUAUUACUUCAUAUUUUCUCGGUCCGGCUGCAGAUCUAGCUACACGAUCAAUAGAAGCAAGUAGAGAGAGCACGCGUGAGGCACACCGGACGGGUCCAAAGUAUCUGUACAACAGCCCUUCAACUACAGCCAGACGACAGCUCCGCACCAAAACGAACUGGUUUAUAAAUUCAGUUGCAGUGGCAGAUCUCUCUGUUUGGGGAGUUAUUCCCAACAUGUUCGUAUACGAUGUUAAAUUGGGUUCCAGUGGGAGGGAUACUUAGUGGCAAUGUCUUAUAAGACUGCUGUUUAGCUACGACAAAAGUAGGUAUAUCGCCUUUGCGAAGCCUUUGAAAUAUUCAAUUUGCAUGACUGCAGGUCUUCGCGUUUUUCAUAUGAUUAUUUUUUUUUCUUAGGCGAUCUCUUUUUGCCUUGUGACGACUCUCGUACUUCUGUAAUCACAUUCACUGGCGCCAUACGUUCAAAUAAGUAGUAAGCCUGUUACCUAUCCUAUUUGAGCUAUUUUCUAAAUAGCAAUUGUUGUAUACGAACAAGACCGAUCAGUAGGAAUGGUGGCAAAAUAGCUGAGAGGAUUGACAAUUAACAAGCACGACAAAUCGGCAUUCGCAAACAUGGCGCCCGAUUGUCGCGGGAUUUUUUCUAAUUUGCUGUAGAAUAUAUUUGCGAUGUAGUAUUAGUUAAUCUUUUCCACAUAGAAUCAAUGAAGAGACGACUCCUAUACCGAUGUUGGUUUCAAACGAUGCCAUUAACCCAGCGGCUUAUGCCUUUUACAAAGGGACAUAAACAAAGAGAUAAAAAGACUGCUGUGUAAAUAUUGUCUGAAGAGAAGAACCUUCGGAAGGAUAAUUAUCAUAAUAUUACCACUGAGAUAAGUCACUAGGAAAACAGACUGAUGUGGUGCUGAUAUGAAUCGGAAACUAAAAAGAAAUUGCACGUGAUAGUAAAUACAUUUCAUGUUCCGUUUUAGACCAUUUUAACCGUUAGAAAAUAGAGUGUUUCUACCUUUGAAUCGACUGGAACUCAAACAACAUAAGACUACGUUUUUUCAAGUUAUGCCAUUGUGACAUAGACGAAUCACUCAAAAUCCUAUUCAUAUCGGUAGCUAGGUUUAGGAAUUAGUUUUUUAAGAUAUCCUGAUCCCUUCCCAAUCGCCUAACAGUAAUGAAACAAACAACAAAAAUUAAGAUAUAAGAUAAGCCAGCUUAGACUCAGCUUUAUCUAGUUUAGUUCUUUCUUCAAAUACAGAAUUCAGAAUAUUCGCUUUCUUUGUACUACUAUCACUAAUGGAUAUAUAAUUAUGUUAUGACGUUACCAGCCGAAAGGGAAAGGGGAUUUCGAAUUCAAUGCUUUGCAUGAACGUUGAGUGACUUAUUGUCAUCAACAAAAGUUAUUCGCUCAUUUCAUUAGUGAGGUUUCUCCUUCGAGAAAAGAAAAGCCACCUUUACCUUUUUUUUCCUAAUACAGAAUUCAGAAAGUUCACGUGAUUUCUCUGCAUUAUCAAUAAUCUAAACAAAAUUAGUUCCUACUGAUAUCAUUUAAAUGUCGUCACCAGCCAGAAUAGUAAGCGGAGUCGAAAUUCCAUGCUUUGCAUAAAAGUUGCUUGAAUUUUUUGUCCUCAACAGAAAUUUAAUGGCUUAUUUUGUUCGUUUUUUUUCUUCAAUUAAUAUAAGAAUUAUUAUAUAAGAAUUACAUGUAAGAAUUAUAUGAUACAAGAAUUAUCAACGAGUGGUCCGUUAUAAAAUAGAAAAGGAUGCCGGAGCGUUAAUUGCCAAGGGGAGCGACACUGAGUCUCCACAAAAUGGUCUUUCGUUGAUCUAAGAGCUUCAUUUAAAUUUCAAGAACAAUAUCUUGAAAACAACCUUCUAAUUGGUCUCAACUUAGCAAUCAUAAAUUGACGUAUACGGUUAUUAUGCUCGUAUGAUAAGAAGCUGAAGACGCCGCAAUUGUUGCCAGAUGUUAAUAGAUUAAAGUUGUCAUACGUUUCUUUCAAGGAACUGAACGUACUACUUUCAGCUAAAGAUCUGUACCGAUAAUAAAAUGGAAUCGUGGUUUUGGAUUCUUGGCUGAAUUCUGUCCAUUCCGACGAUAACUGGAAAUGGAUUCAUUGUGCUUCUGGUGAGCUGUCAACGACAGCUUCGCACCAAAACCAACGCCCUCAUCGUUUCACUUUCAGUGGCGGAUUUCUGUGUUGGGGCGUUCGUUGUUCCUUCACUGUUCUCUUGUCACAUUAGAGGUGGUUGCAACUGGCCUCGACCCUAUGCGUCCUAG